AUCUCUUCCCUAAUUCUCAGCACUUUGCUCAGCUGUCUGCUCAUCUUCUAUUUGUUCUAUUCUCCCGAUACAUUCCCACUACCCACUACGCGCGCACAAAUUCAACAUCGGCGUCCAAUCCAUACAUACACCUACAGAUACUUCUACCGGAGAUGUGGCGCUGCGUGUCCCGUGGCCUACGCAUUCCCUCCAAGAAUUCCAUGGUGGAUCACACCUAUGAUGCCGUGGUCGUAGGCGCAGGAGGUGCGGGGCUGCGUGCUGCGAUAGGAUUAUCGGAGCAUGGUUUUAAUACAGCCUGCAUUACCAAGCUAUUCCCUACUCGCUCCCACACAGUUGCGGCACAGGGUGGGAUAAAUGCUGCACUAGGAAAUAUGACAGAAGAUGAUUGGAGGUGGCACAUGUAUGACACGGUUAAAGGAAGUGAUUGGCUAGGUGACCAGGACGCCAUUCAGUACAUGUGCCGUGAAGCACCAAAAGCAGUUAUCGAGCUUGAAAAUUAUGGGUUACCAUUUUCCCGGACAGAAGAUGGGAAGAUAUAUCAACGUGCAUUUGGUGGUCAAAGCCUCAAUUUUGGAAAAGGUGGACAGGCAUAUCGUUGUGCUUGUGCUGCUGACCGGACUGGGCAUGCUUUGUUGCACACUCUGUAUGGCCAGGCUAUGAAACAUAACACACAAUUUUUUGUGGAAUACUUCGCCCUUGAUUUACUCAUGGGCAAUGAUGGUAGCUGCCUAGGUGUAAUUGCCUUAAACAUGGAGGAUGGCACCUUGCACCGGUUCCGUGCUGCCUCUACAAUUCUGGCAACUGGGGGUUAUGGUAGAGCAUACUUUUCUGCGACAUCUGCUCACACUUGCACUGGAGAUGGCAAUGCUAUGGUUGCUCGGGCAGGACUGCCACUCCAGGAUCUUGAAUUUGUUCAGUUUCAUCCAACGGGCAUAUAUGGUGCUGGGUGUCUCAUCACUGAAGGGUCCCGAGGUGAAGGUGGUAUUCUUAGGAAUAGUGAAGGUGAACGAUUCAUGGAACGAUAUGCUCCAACAGCUAAAGAUCUUGCAUCUAGAGAUGUUGUAUCAAGAUCUAUGACCAUGGAGAUCCGUGAAGGGCGUGGUGUUGGACCCUUGAAGGAUCAUAUCUACCUUCACUUGAAUCACUUGCCUCCUGAGGUCCUUAAGGAAAGACUUCCUGGCAUUUCCGAAACAGCAGCUAUUUUUGCUGGUGUGGAUGUUACAAAGGAGCCAAUCCCUGUCCUACCAACUGUCCAUUAUAACAUGGGUGGAAUUCCCACAAAUCACCAUGGAGAGGUGGUUACCAUCAAAGAUGAUGAUCCAGAUGCUGUGAUUCCUGGAUUAUUUGCCGCUGGAGAAGCUGCUUGCGCAUCAGUUCAUGGUGCCAAUCGACUGGGAGCAAAUUCACUUCUUGAUAUUGUUGUUUUUGGUCGGGCUUGUGCUAACAGAGUCGCGGAGAUCCAAAGACCAGGAGACAAACAAAAGCCACUCGGAAAGGAUGCUGGAGAAAAAACUAUUGCAUGGUUGGACAAACUUAGGAACUCAAAUGGUUCCCUUCCAACCUCCAAAAUCCGGUUGAACAUGCAACGGGUAAUGCAAAACAAUGCUGCUGUCUUCCGGACACAGGAAACACUUGAGGAAGGUUGUCAGUUGAUUGAUAAAGCAUGGGACAGUUUUCAUGACGUGAAGUUGAAGGACAGAAGCUUGAUAUGGAACUCAGACUUGAUAGAAACUAUUGAGUUAGAAAACCUUUUGAUUAAUGCAUGCAUCACCAUGCACUCUGCUGAAGCAAGGAAAGAAAGUCGAGGAGCUCAUGCACGUGAAGAUUUUACGAAAAGAGAUGAUGAGAACUGGAUGAAGCAUACACUAGGAUACUGGGAAAAUGAGAAAGUUCGGCUCGACUACAGGCCAGUUCACAUGAACACACUUGAUGAUGAAGUUGAAUCGUUCCCCCCAAAGGCUCGUGUGUAUUAGCAGGCUUGCCAAUGCCAGAAAAUUUGGCACUUCAGGAGAUUGAUUUUUCUGCUAAUGUUAAAGGAAGGUUGCAAUAAUUAAUAAAAAAGUGAAAAAUUUUGGCAAUAAUUGUAGCAUAUAGAAGUGCUAAUGCUAUGCAACCCGAAGUGUGCGUAAUCAUAAAGUGAAACUGAUGUACUCCUUUGUGCUUACUUCUUACCAUUUAUUGGCUGAUGGGUCGUUUACGGAGUUUGUUCCAUGUGUUUGAGGCAUUCACUUGUUGAUUCUUGCAUAGCCGAGUUGAGACUUAAAUUGCAACGAAGAACUCCGCUAAAUGUAGUAGGACAGAGGCCGCCCAAUCUCUUGCUAAAUUCGUGACUCAAGUGUCUGUAAACUACUCUUGUGCAUCCGUGUAUUUCCAGGAUGGUAUUGCAGGGAAAAAUAGAUUAGAUUUCCCAACUUUAACAAAAUUGGUUUUGUAUCAACUUUGUAGACGAGGAUCACAAUUGUUUUGUUCAAUGCUGUCUUAUUGAAAGAAUCAACCAAGUUAAAUGUUUAGAAGUUCAAGUGCUAGAGCGUUAAUUAUGCUUUAUGUCGACAGCAUUUUGGUUGUU